UCGUCAUCAACGACUUCGACAACGACCUGGCCAACAAGAGCGUGAGCAACUCCCUCAAGGCCCUCAAGGACAAGAGCCCGGACAAGCUCGGCCAGGUCUACGUGGCCCUGGUCAACAUAAGCGACGGCGAGGAGACCAUCAACAGCGUCUGCUCGGUCUGGAAGUCGGCCCUGCGCAGCAAUCCGGACGAGAUACCCGACUUCGUGCUCGACGUGACGACCUUCGGCGCCGGCGCCGAGACGGUCAAUCGUUUCACGGCCUUGCUCGGCAUACCCACGGUUUCGGCACAGUUCGGCCAGGAGGGUGAUCUGCUCGGCUGGAGGGAGAUCACCGAGGAGCAGAAACAAUACCUGAUCCAAGUGAUGAACCCGGCGGACCUGAUGCCCCAGGUGAUACGCCAGCAGUGCCUCGAGUUCAACAUCAGCAACGCCGCGAUCCUCUUCGACGACAACUUCGUCAUGGACCACAAGUACAAGAGUCUGCUGCUCAACGUGCCCACGCGCCACGUCAUAGUGCCCACCCGGGAGGCCGGCGAGCCGCUUCAGCAGCAGAUCUCGCGUCUGCGCGACCUCGACAUCGUCAACUUCUUCGUGCUGGGCGACGAGUCGACCAUAGCCGCGGCCCUGUCGGCGGCGAGCAAGCUCAACUUCACCGGCCACAAGUACGGCUGGUUCGGCAUCAGCCUCGUGCAGGACUUCUCGCUGCUCUGCCAGGACUGCUCGAGCAUGUCCCUGAUGCUGUUCAAGCCCAAGCAGUCGCAGAACCAGCAGCAGCUCAACGAGCUCAUGAGCAAGGGCCUCCUGCAGAUCCCGCUGAUCAUGUCGGCCUUCUACUACGACCUUGCGAAGCUGGCGGUGCUGGCGAUGAAGUCGGCCCUGGACGCGGGCGAGUGGCGCAGGCCGCGCUUCGUCGACUGCGACGACUUCAACGAGAACGUGACGGUGGCGAUGCGCAACGUCGACCUGAGGAGGCGGCUGCGCCAGGUGAGCAGCGGCAGCGGCUUCAGUCCGACCUACGCGGGCUUCCACUGGGGCAACAAGAACGGCGAGAACCACGCCAAGUUCGACGUGGACGUCAAGCUCUGGAUCGUCAAGGACUCGAAGGUCGUGAACGAGGAUCAGGUGGCGUUCUGGGAGGCCGGCAUCGACAACAAGCUCAAGGUGGAAAAGGCAUCGAUGGCGGCGAGCCACACCGCGGUGACGAGCUACCGCGUGGUGACGGUCAUCAAGCCGCCCUUCGUGAUGCGCGACAAUCAGACCGGCAACUGGUCCGGCUACUGCAUCGACCUGCUCAAUCAGAUACGCGACCUGGUGCAGUUCGAGUACGAGAUACGCGAGGUCGAGGACAAGGAGUACGGCAACAUGGACGAGGCCGGCAACUGGAACGGUAUGGUGCGCGAGCUCAAGGACAAGAAGGCCGACAUCGGCUUGGGGGCGCUGGCGGUGAUGGCCGAGCGCGAGAACGUCGUCGAUUACACGGUGCCGUACUACGACCUGGUCGGUAUCUCGAUAAUGCGACGCAAGCCCAAGGCCGCGACGUCGCUCUUCCAGUUCCUCACCGUGCUCGAGACGGACGUCUGGCUGUGCAUACUCGGCGCCUACUUCUUCACCUCGCUCCUCAUGUGGAUCUUCGACAAGUUCUCGCCCUACAGCUAUCAGAACAAUCGCGAGAAGUACAAGGACGACGAGGAGAAGCGCGAGUUCACCCUCAAGGAGUGCUUAUGGUUCUGCAUGACCUCGCUGACGCCCCAGGGUGGCGGCGAGGCACCCAAGAAUCUCUCCGGGCGACUCGUGGCCGCCACCUGGUGGCUCUUCGGCUUCAUCAUCAUCGCCUCGUACACGGCCAAUCUCGCCGCUUUCCUCACGGUGUCGCGACUCGACGCCCCGGUCGAAUCGCUCGAGGAUCUCAGCAAGCAGUACAAGAUCCAGUACGCGCCCAUCAUCAACUCGUCCGAGUAUCGCUACUUCGAGCGCAUGGCCGCCAUCGAGAAUCGCUUCUACGAGAUCUGGAAGGACAUGAGCCUGAACGACAGCCUGUCGGACGUCGAGCGCGCCAAGCUCGCCGUCUGGGACUUCCCGGUGAGCGACAAGUACACCAAGAUGUUCCAGACCAUGAAGGACACGGGCUUCCCCAAGAAUCUGGACGAGGCGCUGGAGCGAGUCAGAGCCGAGGACAAGACCGAGUUCGCCUUCAUCGGCGACGCCACGGACAUCAAGUACCUCGUCAUGACCAAUUGCGAGUUCAUGCAGGUGGGCGACGAGUUCUCGCGCAAGCCCUACGCCAUCGCCGUGCAGCAGGGCUCGCCCCUCAAGGAUCAGUUCAAUAACGCGAUUCUAAUGAUGCUGAACAAGCGCAAGCUCGAGGCGCUCAAGGACCAGUGGUGGAACAAGAAUCCCCUGAAGCAGCAGUGCGAUAAGGCCGACGACCAGAGCGACGGCAUUAGCAUCCAGAACAUCGGCGGAGUUUUCAUCGUGAUCUUCGUCGGGAUCGGGCUCGCCUGCGUCACAUUGAUUUUCGAGUACUACUAUUAUCGCUAUCGGCCGCAGGCCCGACAGCGCCAUCAAGAUCGCAGCUCGAAAACUAAGUUAGCCCCGGGCAUUACCAAGCCCAUGAAGUUCAACCUGAGACCGGCGCCUACCCAGAGUUUCGAGCAGAUCGACACUACUGGCACCAGCGGCGGUGGCGGUGGCGGCGGCGGCGGCGGCGGCGUCGGCCACAGAUCGAGAUAUUGA